UGUUUCUGCCUUUGCCUCAUUUGCUAUCUGUAAGUCAAACUGAUUUCAAAACUCAAAAUAUUGAGGUACUCAGAAGUAACUCAAAAUACUAAGUACUUGCUAAGAAGUACUACUAAAUUACUUAUUUAGAAGUAACUUAAAAUUUCAAGAUAACUAACUCAAAACUUUAGCCCAAUAAGUCAAAAUUUACCUGUGGCUUCCUUUUCCUUCCCACCAUCCUUCUCUGUCACACCAGUCACCUGCAUGUUCCCCAUCACUAUUGUAUUUUUGUCAUUGUCACCAUCUGCAAACUAUACAUCAUAGCAGGUCUCAUAACCAUCUUAUAAACCUUCCCUUUCACUCUAUCCUUCUGUCACAAAUCACCUCCAACACUCGUUUCCACUCACUCCACCCUGCCUGCACUCUGUUCUUCGCCUCUCAUGUGCGCUGUCUGUUGUUUUGGAUUUUUGACCUCAGGUAUUUAGACCCAUCUGCCUUCUCUGCUCCCUGCAGCUUCGCCGUUACAUCUGUCUCCCUCUCAUGCACACACAUGCAUUGUCUUGCUUCAACCGACUUCGGAGAGAUGAGAGCAAUCUCUCCACGUGGAGCCAUCUCUCCACGAAGAGAGCUUACUAUCACUAAAGAUCACACUGUACAAACAUCACUGUGCACGGAGACAGCUGCCUGACCUCAUCCUACCUCUCUCUGCCUGGCUUUUUUUUCACUGGCGGAAGCAACCUUCCAAACCCUAAUAUCCUGUCGUAUUUUUCACUCGCAGCUUUACUUUAUCCUUUAGUUUUAGCUAAAUAUAAUAACCUUAUUUGGGAAUAGUUGUGCGAAACUUCCUGGCUUUUAUUUUGAAAACAGCGAUCGGAAAUGUCCAGGUUUCUGUCUGAGUAACUUGACGCUUGGAAGACGAUGCAGGGGAGACUCGAGGCCGCCGGAGAGGACUCCGCAUUUCAAGGAAAACAGCCACCUAGCAAUAAUGAUGGAUCAUAGUUGGCUCAAACACCCGAUGAAGACACUGAAUACUCGCCGUAUGAAGCAGGCUGGGCGUGUUUAAAGCCAGCCGGCUCAAGUAUCCGCUUUUACAUCCUCAGCCACCGGACGUUGGUAGGCGACUGCCCGGCUUGCUAGCCCGCAGUCCUUCAAAAUCUCUGCUCCACAAUCACGGACCUUCUCCAUUUAUUUUUUAUUUUUUCAGUGGCAUUACGAAAUUUAGCAAGUAUACAAGGGGCUGGAUUAAGAAAAAACGCCCGUCUACUUUCAUUACAGUGAAGGUGUAACCUGCUAGUCCUCUAUUUCACAUCUGACCGCUGGGAUCGAGCUAGCAUCAUCUGGAGUUGGACGCUGGCGCGGCUCCCCCACAGCAUCCUUGCCCGCGCCGCUGCACCGGAAUGCUAACUAACGAGGAAAUGGCUUUAACAUGACCGCGAACCCUUCGCCUCUCAAACGCCUAGCGCUUGUAGGUGGCACACGGACACUUUAGAUGCCAAAUGUAAUGACCGCCGGGAGCUUGCAUCAUGCGUGUGGCUUUCCGCGUCUGUCUCCAGCCUCGCGGAUGACACUCGCACAGGUACCGGCGGUUCAAAGCGAGCAGCGACGGCGCGCGCACACAUUUGCCGGGUAGCGCUUAAAGACUUCUCCUGAGCUAGCUAGCGCCGAGCUAGGCGGCUAACAGCACAAAAUAAUAAUUAAAAAACAAAGCAAAAAACAAAAACAAAAAACAACAACCCCCAAACAAAAAAAAAAAAAAACUCACAACCAAUACCAAUGGUUUCCCAUAAGGUUUUAGUCGCAAUAAUCUUACUGAACGUGUAUAUAGGUGUACAGUCAGUUUUUUACUUAUUCGGCGGUGUCCUUUUAACCGUCCUCUUUGCUAUGGCAUUUUUAAAUGGACCCAGGCUGCUGGACUGGGCGAGUUCACCUCCACAUCUUCAAUUCAACAAAUACGUCCUUACGGGAUACCGGCCAAUUUCCUCCGUGCAGGACUGCAUCAGAAGCCUGUUUUACCUGCACAAUGAACUUGGAAACAUAUACACUCACGGCAUCCCUCUGGUUUGCUUCCUGGUGCUGCUGCCUCUUAACAUCCCCUGGUCUCAGAUCAGCGUGACAUGGCUGGGUGUGGUGCACUUCCUGGCCUGCCUGUCACCCCAGCUGGGCUCUGUGGUCUACCACCUGUUCAUGAACCACGAGGGAGGGGAGCCGGUCUACCACACCCUCCUGAAGCUGGACGUGUGUGGAAUCUGCAUGAUCAACACGCUGGGAGCACUGCCUAUCGUCUACACCACGCUGCUGUGCUACCCAUUUAUCCGCACCGUGGCCCUUUUAGUCUACAUCCUGCUGUCCAGCCACGCCAUCUACUGCGCCGUCACCGCUCGGAGCAGCGUUCGGCGGUUGCGCUCCUUCGCCUGGCAAGCGCUGUUUCGAUUCUCCUUCUUCCUGCUCCGCUGGGUGGGCGUGGGCGGCGGCAGUCCCACCUCGCUACGCCACUUUCUCACGAUGGAUGCACUGGCCGUGCUGGGCGGGGUCAUCAACAUCACGCGCAUCCCGGAGCGCUUUUGGCCGGGUCUCUUCGACUACUGGUGCAACAGCCACCAGAUCAUGCAUGUACUGGUGGUGAUCUCCAUCCUUUACCUGCACUGGGGCGUGCUGGACGACCUUCUCUGGAUCACCAGCUACGACUGCCCCUCAGAUUGACCCACACAGCAGCCCCCCGGCCCCUCCCAAGGAGCGCUGGAACAUACCAUUGAAAGACCUCUGGGGGAGGGGGAGCCUGGAAAGGGAAGGGAAAGGACAGGGAUCACAGAAACUGAUGCUGUGCAUGUGUUCACUUCAUGCGCUGAAACUCAGAAUGUUCAUAUCUUCGUCCAUCUUGAUUUGUGCGAAUGCAGGUAAAAGUAUGUCGAGUAACACGCACAAUCAUUCUGACUUGCUCAGUUGCCACAAACUUGGUGCAAAGGUGUAUACAUACACACAUGCACACACACACACACACACACACACAGACACAUUCAUACACAAACAGAUAAAAAAAGUGGAAAAUUUUAACAAGUAAAUUUAUUAACCAAGUUUUAAACCCUAUAAUGUCUUAGGUAAAGGUUACAACUCGAAACCUUUUACAUAAUGAUAGAAGUUUCUCUUGAGGAUUACUUGAUGUCGUUGAUUAAAACGGUCUCAAUCAGUGGUUCUGAAAGUUGGGUCCACGACCCACAGCUAAAAUAUCUAGUGAUAAAUUUCCUUUAAAUUGCUGAAAUUACAUUCUGAUCUUAAAAAGUGGUGAUCUACAGUUGGAGACUAUAUUUUGUGUCCUUUAAUCACACCCAUGUUAUCUUUGGACGAGUAGAAACUGACACAUAUGUGUCUAAAAUGUUUAGAUUUAAAAGUUUCGUAAUUUUGGCAUGCAAGAGUAGAAAUGGUAGUAAGCAUGUGGUUUGUCAGUGUUGGGAUUAUAAGCGAGAUCUUGGAAAAAUGUUCUUGCCUGUAGCCUCAGGAAUACACCGAGCAUUCCAAGUCUCAUGCCGCUGCCGAAGCUGAUCUCGCCCACUCACGACAAUACUUGCGAAUCCAUGAGACAGGUCGCGGCACGCCCCAGAAGCAGCUUUGUGUCCUGAGUUUUUUUUAUGGAAGCUGCAUUAAGAUGCACAGAGUAGGGCGGGAAUUCAGACCCAGAAGAGCAAAGAGUUUCUUAUCAAUUUUGAAAGAAUGCUGGGCGGUAUUCUGAUUCUAAUUUAAUUUAUCUGAAUAUGAAUUUAAGUAAGUACUGAGCCUUUUUACUGGUAGAGACCUAUAACAGUGAAAAGACACAACACUUACUGUGACCUUUGGAGGGGUUUAUAUGUGGUAAAACAUUUUGUGUAAGAAGUACUUUGGAGUGUUUUGAGAAGGGGCUUGUAUUAACUUUUCAAACUCAAGGUUACCACUGUGUGUUAAAGCCACUGAAGGUUUCAUAAAGAUUUAAGGGGCUGGGUGAGUGGGAGGAAAAUUCAUGACAAAACCUCAGAACUUUCAAGAUUGAAGCUGUAAAAAGGACAAAAUGGCACAUUUAUGAGGAAAAAGUCAGAAGUUUAUAUUCCUGAAUCGCCUGUGUGGUCUUCCUAGUUUCCUCUUGCCUGGCAGCUCCAUCUUCAACAUCAUUUGUCCAGUAUAUGCACUACCCCUCCUCUGCACAUGUCCAAACUAUCUCAGCCUUGCCAAUUCUGGUCCAUACAUCACAGCAGGUCUCACCAUCUCGUAAACCUUUCCCUUCAUUCUUGCUGUUAACAAAUCACUCCUGGCACUUGUCUCCACCCGCUCCACUCUGUUCUUCGCCUCUGUUGUGCACUGUCUGCUCCUUUGGAGGGUUGACACCAGGUUUUAAACUAAGCUACGUUUCUAACUCAUUCACCUUUCUGCCUGUCUCCUUCUCAGUCACACACAUGUAUUCUGCCUUGUACUGACUUUAAUUCCCACCCCAACCUUGGAACCAUCUGUCACUCCUACCGCACACCUCACCACUGUCUCUCUAUCCUUAUGCAUGUCCUGCACCACUCUCCCAUACUUCUCUGUCACUCUUGACUUUCUCAUGCAGUUACAUAGUUCCUCUUUUGGGACCCUAUCAUAUUGUUUGAUCCACAAAGACACAUUGUCACAAGUCUUACCUGCUCUAUACUUCUCCAUCAACACUAUCAAAGCAAACAUCACGUCUGUAGUGCGCUUUCUCAUUUUGAAACCAUACUGCUGCUGACUGGUCAUCACCUCUCUUUUUCAUGGCAUGGCUCAUCACCUUCAUCCUUCUGUAGUUACUACAGCUCUGCACAUCACCUUUGUUCUUGAAAAUCAGCGCCAGUACACUACUUUUUCUUUAUUCCUGAGACACCUGCUCUCUCCAGGGCUUUGGUAAACAAGCUGAUUAAAGGUCCACUGCCCUUUCUCCCAGACAUCUCCAUACCUCCACAGGUAUGUCUGGACCAACUGCCUCUUCAUAGCUGCCCUCACGUCCUCCUUUCUAAUCCUCUGCACUUUCUGAUUCACAAACUGUCCUCCAUCUGUCCUCUCUCUCAUUUUCUUCACUCAUCAGCUCUUCAAAGCACUCCUUCCACCUUCUCAACACUCUCUUCAGUUGUAAGUACAUUUCCAUUUCUAUCCUUAAUCACCCUGCACAUCUUUUCCAGUUGAAUCUCUCCACCUAGCAAAUCAAUACAAGUUCUUUUCUCUUUCCUUAGUGUCCAACUUCACGUAACACUCACUGCAAGUCUUUGCUUUGCCAUUUCUUUUGUUGCUGUACUCCUGGCCUCCCAAUACUCCUGUCUACUUUCUUCAAUCAACCACCUAGGCUUCUUGACUCCUUGUCGUCCUGAAGAUACACAAAAUACCUUCUUUGCAGUUUUCCUCACUUCUUCAGCUGUGCUUUCUCAGUCAUUAAUUAACUUUCACUACCCACCCAGAAACUCAUCUCAUCUCCUUCCUAAACUCUGUACAGCAUUCUUCCUUCUUCAACUUCUAACUUUUUACCCCUCAGGCGUGAACUUCAAAUUCAUACCAUGAGUGUAGCCACUAAAAAUCUUGGACGAGUUUGAACCUCAUUGACCUCAAGGUCAGAGGUCAAGUUUUCUAAAAAUCUUGUGAAUGUGAUGACUCAAGAAUGAGACGGUAUAGAGUUGUGAAAUUGAUACCAUAAGUGUGUGUACUUUGAGGCUGAGGGGCAGCACUGGUCGGUGGCCAGCAUUUUAAUACUUGCCUCUUCCUUCACUCACUUCUUCUUGAUUUCCAGUAUUAAUGUAAGUUGCAACAUUCAGACUGAUGGAAGUUGAAGAAAGACCAGAGAUGCUCCAAAAUAACUUGUGGCAGGGCUAGCAUCUGUGUUUGCUGAGUGGAAAUUGUGUUUUGUUUGUUUUUUAAUCCAAAGUAUUUUUGCUUGGUUUCUGGUCAUGCAGUUUUGAUCCUGGCCUACGACUGCUCACAGCAACAGGGAACCAGAGGAGGCAAAGAUAAUGUGUUACUCAGGCUAGCAGAUGUUUUUACUGAUGAGAGAAUCAUCUGUGCCUGACAGAGGAGAAAGCCAUUGUUAAGCUAUGUAAAGAACUGCUCAUGCAGAAAAAAAUAAUAAUAAUACAUUUAUAGAGCCAGAAUCUACCCUCCUGUAGAAAUUUGCGCUCAUACCACAAGCACUAUUUUAAAAAUAAACACUCAAUGCAGACCAAAUUAAUCGCCCCUCAACCCGACGUCGAUUUGCAUGAGAAACAGUGACCGGUGUAUUCUUGGGGUAAAGGCUCCCUGCCCCCAGACGAGUUUAAAAACCCUUCAUCCAAAUGAUAUGACAGUCUUUGUCUCAACCUGCACAGCACAUUCAUAUCUCCCAUCACAUACACAGCACGCACUCCCACGCACCUUUGUUUUUACACAUGUACAAAGCACUUUUAGAGUUUUAACUUCGUCCAACAGACUGAAUUUUACAGGACUGUUUAGUUCCCUGUUUUCUGCCACUGCCUCUUUUUCUUCUUUGUCCUCUUUGUCGUCUGAAUGGUCCUUACCGAAGGCGUGCGAGGGGCUCAUUCCUGAAGCGUGCCAGCAAUGAGUUUACCUGCUGAGAUGUCCCAGACCACCAGAUGGGAUCUGUUGAGUGUUAUCAGCAUUGUUUGCACCAGUGCCAAAGAAAUUCAGGCAUUUUUAAAUCAGAAAAGAAACUGAUGUUUAUGAGCUGCCUUUGCCAAACUUCUGCUUAUGUCCAGCCAACUCCAAGUUGAUUGGUCUUAUGCAUUUAUUAUGACCUCCCUUUGUUUGGAAGACCACCGUUUCCAUUUGUGCGAGACGUAAUUAUCUUUUUAAAGGCAGAGGCUGAGUGCUUUGUGAGUCUUCUGCGCAGUUGUGUAUAAAAGCCAUCGAAUGUGCGUAGUUGUUUUACACUGAAAUGCCACCAUGUGCACAUAAUAUAUAAAACUAUAUGUGGCAGUGCUGAAAUGUAAAGGGGUAAUGACUUAAUAAUGCUAUUUAUAGUUAUUUGUCUUCUGGCCCCAAACGCGUAAGGAUAUAUAUUUAAUCAAGAAAUAGAUUAUAUUUGUGUUUGUUUUUAUUCAUUUGUAUUAAUUUAAAUGUGUGUGUCAGCUGCUUAGAGUUUACAUCAUUGCAGUGCAGGAUCGCUCUGACUGACAGGUCAAAUAAGAGGUCAAAGAAAAUCCAUUGUUUUAUUUAAACCAUGCAAAUCCGGAGGAUUAGCUCCACAUUUUCUCUGCGUACAGUUUUGCUUGCCUUCCUGCAAUAUGUGACGUCUCAGUCACACAGGAACACUGUUGAAAAAGAUCUGUCUUUACACGUCGCAGCUCGGCGAGGAAAACAGCUGCAAUGUGACCUUUAAAACAGGUGCAGGUCUAUUCUGAAGUUAUUUAUGUCCUCAGGCAUGAAUGUAGAUGUGCUGUGCUUAGAUGUUUACUUAUAUAUUGAACCUAAAUAUUAUUAUAUGGUCAGUCAUUCUUGCCACAUUAUUUAUUUAUUUAUCUGUACUUGCUUGCACUUUUCUUGAAUUGAUGUUUAAUCUUUUUAAAGUGGUGGUUUAUACACUAAGCUGGCCUACGUAUGCAGGAAUGAACCCCUCUGAACCCGCCUCCCUGUCAUGUAUGAGUCACAGCACCUUCGUGUGUGUGUCCAGGCAUGUUACUGUUCUGUAGAAGUAAUCGUCGCACUCUUCAGUCAUGUUCAGGACUGGCUUCUGAAGCCUCAUUUCAUAACUAGACUUUUUUUGUGUUUUUUGUAAGCAUUGGGUUUGUUUCUCACGCUAGUUGCCAGCCAUGUCAGCCCCACUUCAUCUCGCCAAAUUAGCAAUGUCUGCUUCCUGUGACACUGACUCACAGAUUAAGGAUUUCCCAAAGUGUGUAUGACAAGUAUUAACCCAAACACGAUCCGACUUUAUGGCCUUGCCCUCAUUUAAAAAGUCAGAUAUUUGUCUGCUAGUCUCACUCUUACAGUGAUCUUACAGUACAAUGUAAAAGCUGAAGUUAAUGUAUUUUUGGCAAUUGAAUGAAAAAAAAUGCAUGAAAGUAGCUGUGAAACAGAAACUGAUGUCUCAUAGUGUUAGCUGAUUGUUAGUUCACUAUAGCCAGCAACUGAUCAUUCACUCGGCCCUGGAAAUGACUGUGUGGUUAGUGGGAGGUGGGGUUUGGAGUGUGGCGUUACCCCUGCAGGAGGAGGCUUUGAAGCGAUCGGAGGCCAUGCAUCACAAUCAAAACAAACUGCACUGUUCAUCGUUCUCCAAAGGGCUUUGAAUUCAAGUCAAUUCUGAAAUACAUUUAAAGUCCAUAUAAAUAAUGUAAAUACAUUUAUGUAGAUUAUAUACAGUGCAGAAGAAUAUACAGUGACUCAUUUUUAACACACACACUUGGUUAAGGAAGAAAGAUAGGAAGCAAUGGGAUUACCCACCCAGUGAACAUGCUCAAGACGACUUUACCAAAGUUGAGAUUUGGUUAAAAGAUGGAAAGACGUUGGGAAAACGAUGCCCUUUUACAGCUAAACGUGGUUGUAAAGAAACACACCACAAACUCCUCAGAGAACCAGCAGUUCACACCCAAAUUCAGUUAUUUUGGUCAAUGUUGAGGUCAGAAAUCAAACUAACUUUAGCCUGCAGGCUGUGUGCCAUUUAGAUGUCUUUUAUACCUCCAAUAAACUGAAAGCGGGAAAAUGUGAAUUCCAGCCUUUGUAGCAGCCUGAAAACUCAACUUUUAAUAAAUUCUGACAUAAAGGGACAUCUGUCUAAAGGCUAAGGACUGGCUGACCAGAUUUAGCCCAGAAAACAUCGUCCGUUGGACUGGUGCUUGGCGGGUAAUGAGGGACGCAGACGCGGCUCGAUGUGGAGCUUCAGAUCGAUAUGAGUUAUGUAUUUGAUUAGCUAUGAUGAUAUAUAUGUGAAAAACACAGGAAAAAAGAGACUGGCAUUGGUUUCUGUUCAAAUGUAGAGUUGUUUGACCGUUUUGUGGCCCUGACUAAGAAUGCUUCUGAUCAUUUAAAUGUAACCGCUUUUUUAAAGACACACGGGAAAGAUAUGCGCGACCAUAGCAGGGGAAUCUUGGCGGGCAUGUGAAUACCUCGUGACUACCACUGGUCUAUCUAUGCAUUAUCAGCCGAAGGAUACGUAACAGUGAAGUCAAUUUGUGUUUGUCAAACGGCUCUCUGAUCCACUGUAACGGAGGGCUCUCUCCCAACAUCCUGAGUCUCCCGCUUCUCAGGGUGCCAUAACAGUAGCUGUAACAUCUGAAGCCUGACCGCUGCUGUCUGAAACAUGGACGCGAGACUCACCUGCCCUCUUUAGUCCGGUCUGUUCACGCUGGGAACCCAGCUGGCAGGGUGGGCGCAAGGGCGAAGGAAGGUGGAGCAUUUCUCUGAAAACCAUGUUGCAGGAGUGGAACCCGGUCAGAAAAUUGGUCUUUGUCCUUUUGUCUGUAUGUUUAAUGAAAAAAGAAAAGACAUGAUGUAUAAAAGCAUCACUAACAAAUCUAAAACCUUUUUUGUUUUUUUAAAUAUUACACAGGUGCCGGACAGCCUGUUAACAACCUGUUUAUAAUGGAUCACCUGUGUUGUUAUAUACUGAUUAUUAAUGAUUACUGUUAUUCUGUGGAUCCUAUAAUGACACUGGUCUAUGUGUACAGGUAAUGAGACAAGCCCUUUCCUUUAGGAUGAAGGGAGCUUUCUGGAGGGUCUGUCUGUUAUUGUCUCCAUAUCUGCAUGGCUUUCUUAAUGUGUCAAAUGAGUGAGUGGCUCCAUCUAGUGGAAGUUCAUGUUCACUAAUGCAGGCAUUACUGUAGCUGAACUGCAGCCAAAUGAAACGUAACUAACUGGUGGUAAUACUGUCACUGCUGGUCUGCAGUUAUCCUCCAGGGUUAUUUAUUUAGAUCCCCAGAUCAUGUAUGUACACAUGUGCGUAUGAGCUCUCCUGCAGAACCCAUGCAAGCAUGAAAUCUGUAUGUUGUCCCGUUUACUUUCGCCUGUUGCACCGACGGGAUGCUGAUUGCAUUCCCAGAGUGCCUCGUUAUCCAGUCUGUGUGCUUGCCAAUUAAUGUGCACGAACUCAGACGGUUUGUUCCUGUGCUGUAGUUCACAUGUCUGUGCGACAUUAGUGUCCUGUGUAACAGACAGGCUCUCACACUCCUCAGUCUCCAGCAACGAUUGUGCAAUAAACUGAAGUCUAUAUUUUUAAA